AUGGAUCAUACCAUAUAAAUUUCAACUACCGAGUAAUCAUCACAGGAGUUGGUUCCUAAGAGGGAUAUUGAUGAUAUUUUCGAAAUCUAUUAAGACAGAAAGGUUACUGACUUUAAAGAGUACAAAAAUUUGGAUGGAUUGCUUGAAAAGCUUAAUGUUAAUAAAGCAACAGGUUUGGACCAUCAUAACUUGGAUGACUUAUAAAAGAGAAGAUCCAUGUACUCAGUCAUUGUUGACCAAGAAGAUAAGAGCAAAUCCAUAUUCGAAUAUAUUUUCGAUGCUCUUGAAGAUGUGAUGCUUCGUUUACUUAUUGUAGUCGCCUGCAUUUCUAUAUGCUUGGGUAUAAUUUAAGAUGGUUGGGCAAAGGGAUGGUUUGAAGGCACUUCUAUCAUUAUCUCUGUUAUAAUUGUCGUAUCAAUUCAAUCUUAUUCAGAUUAUUCCAAGGAAAAGUAAUUUGCUGUUUUACACAAAAUUUAAUCUGUUUAAGAACACGAAACAAAGAGAAAUGGCCAUAUCCAUAUGCUUAAUGUUAAGGAUUGGGUUGUUGGUGAUAUUAUUUAAAUUACUCCAGGUUGUGUACCUAAAGCUGAUGGUAUCCUUAUCAACUGUGAUAUCCCUAUUCAAACUGAUGAAUCUUCAUUAACUGGUGAAAAUGAGCCCUAACACAAAGAAAUUGGUUGCUGCAUUUUUGAAGGUUGCCCAAUUGUUGAUGGAUAUGGUGAAAUGGUUGUCCUUCGUUUGGGUUCGGACUCUUGCUAAGGAAGAAUUAAGGCUUUAAUGAGUGAAGAAGAUGAAGAAGAAACUACUCCUUUACAAGAUAAGUUAGAAAUUAUGGCCAACUAAAUUGGUGUAUUGGCACUUUAUGCUGCUUCAAUUACUUUUAUCACUUUGAUUUCAUUCCAAAUUUACAACAACUACAAGAAAGAUCUUUGCUUCUUCUGCUUAGAAUUCUUCUAAGACCUUUCUAGACACUUAAUGGCCGCUUUUGGUAUAAUUAUCAUGGCUAUUCCUGAAGGACUCCCUCUUUCAGUUACCAUUGCUCUUGCUUACUCUGUUCAUCAAAUGUACUUGGAAAAGAAUUUGGUUAAAAAACUUAAAUCUUGUGAAACUAUGGGAGGUGUUAGUGAUAUCUGCACUGAUAAGACUGGUACUUUAACUUAUGGCAACAUGAUUUUGAAAAAAAUUUUACUCAACUCUAAUUCCUAUAAUGUUGAAUCUUUAGUAAAUAACAAAUCAUAGACAAAGGAACUCUUACUUAAAAUCAUUCAAAAUACAUCAAAGGCUAUUGUUGAUGUCUCUGAUGAUGGAGUUGCAAUCUAAAAAGGAAAUAUUACUGAAAUUGGUCUCAUUAAAUGGAUAUUAGAAUAAGAGCAACCACGUUCAUACUACAAUUAACAAAAAAUCAGAGAAUUCCCUUUCACUUCUAAGAACAGGUGCAGUGGUACUAUUGUCAAUGUUAAUGGUACCUAAUACUUAUAUGUCAAGGGACAACCAGAUACCAUUAUUCCUUCUUGCUCUAAUGUAUAUCAUAAUGACGAAAUUAUUGAAUUUGAUGAAGCUAAGAAGCAAAAGAUUUUAAAGAACAUUGAAGAGCACAAUUGCUUAGCUUUUAGAGGACUUACAUUUGCAGUCAAGCAAAUAGAAGGUGACUUCUCAAGUGACUUUAACACAGUCCAGUUAAAUGAUUUGAUCAGUUCUAAUGAUUUAACUUUUGUUGCUACUUGCUAUUUGUAGGAUAUCGUCCGUGAAGAAGUUCCUAAGGCAGUAGAAUCACUCAGAAAAGCUGGUGUAACUACUCGUAUGAUUACAGGUGAUUCUUAUUAAACUGCAAAGGCAAUUGGUAUCCAAACUGGUAUCAUCUAUCCUCAUGAAGAAUCUGCAAUUACUACUGGUUAUCAAAUUGCUUAAAUGAGUGAACUUGAAUUGAGCUCUUGUGUAGAUAAAUUCAAAAUUGUAGCCAAAUGCAAUCCUGAAUAAAAAUUAAAGUUUGUCAAGGCAUUAAAAUCUUAAGACAAAAUUGUUGCAGUAACUGGAGAUGGUACAAACGAUGCUCUUUGCUUCUAAGUAUCAGAUGUCUCAUUCACUAUGGGUUAAAAGGGUACAGAAAUCAUCAAAGAAGCUGGUGAUAUCAUUCUCAUUGAUGAUAACUACGCUUCUAUCGUAACUGCUUGCUCUUGGGGUAGAAACAUUCAAGAAGGUAUCAGAAAGUUCUUGGUCUUCUAAUUAACUGUUAAUAUAGUUGGUGUUUUCAUUUGUUUAUUAGGUUCAAUUAUCAUUUAAGAAUCUCCCUUAUCUUCCAGCUAAAUGCUUUGGAUUAACUUGAUUAUGGAUACUUUUGCAAGUCUCGCUUUGGCAACUGAUCAUCCCACUGAGGAACUUUUAAGAAGACAACCUUAUAGAAGAAAUGAAGAUUUGAUCAAUGGUUACAUGAAACGUAAUAUUGUCUUCUAAUGCAUUUACUAGAUUAUUGCUUUAUCUUUUGUCCUUUUGUAUGGUGACAACAUAUUUGGUGUCCCAGAAAUGUAAUACUUGGAUGUUCACGAAUUCAAUCAUAAUGGAGCUAUACACAUGACAAUCUUUUUCCAUACUUUCGUUUUACUUUAACUUUUCAACGAAUUCAACUGCAGAGAUCUUCGUAGAGAUAUACUUAAUCCCUUUAAGGAUAUCUUCCGUAACAGAUAUUUCUUAGGUGUUAUCAUUUUCAGCUUUAUAGUCUAGUAUUCUUUAGUCUUUUUCGGUGGUUAAACUUUCAGAUGCACUCGUAUCAGCUUAACCUAACACCUUUUCUGCAUCAUUAUCGGUAUGGGUGGUCUAUUAGUUGGACUAAUCGUUAACCUUAUACCUGAAUCAUUCUAUGAAUCAAUUGCUAUGUUCAGAGAUUACAAUCAACUUUAGAUUUAUGAAAGUCAAAGAAAAUAAUCUGAAGAGCAUUUAUUAAAUAUAGAUUCAGCUUGCCAAGUAAAUGAAACAUACUAACACGAUGAAGGUGAAUAUGGUAGUAUGUCUAUGGAACACUAAGAAAACAUCAAAAAAGAAUUAUUCGGGGAAAAGAAUCUCUGA